AUCCACCAUCCUGCAGGAGAGCAAGUCCCUGCUGAAGAGCCAGACUGUGUCGGACCAGGCGGUGGCCGAAGCCCUGUGUGCCAUCAUGCUCCUGGAGGACAGCUCUCCGCGCCAGGCCCUCGCCGACUUCCUUCUGGCCAGGAAGCUGGCCAUUCAGCAGCUCCUCAACCAGCCCCACCACGGGGCGGGUAUAAAAGCUCAGGUGUGCUCACUGAUGGAGCUGCUCACCACUACCCUGUACCAGGCUCAUGCCCUCUUCUACACCACGCCUGAAGGGAUGCCGCCGGACCCAGCCCUGCCCUGCGGCUUGCUCUUCUCCACCCUGGAGAGCACCACAGGCCAGCACCCAGCAGGGAGAGGUGGCGUUCUGGAGGAGGAGGUGAAGCUGAGCAGCUGGUUCAGGUACCUCCCCGAGUCGGUGGUGGAGUUCCAGCCAGCCCUGCGGACCUUGGCACACCCCAUCAGCCAGGACUACCUCAGAGACACGCUGCAGCAGUGGAUUGCCAU